GAGACAAGCAACAGUACUCCUCACAUCAGUGGAGUCGUCUUCAGCUUUCGUCCCCUCACAUGCCCACGCCAUCAUCAUUCUUCCCCUCCCUUUACGCACUCCACACUUCCCUUCUACUCCUCCCCUAGCUCCCUCCUUGUCGCAGAUCAACACGCUCGAUUCCGGCCAUCAUAGUUCAUUUGAAAUCAGUCGUCCUUCCCUCCCCCUGCAUAUUGCCUCGAGCCCUUGACCAAGAAACUGUCCAGAAGAAAUUUGAGCCGCGCAUGGCAUUCUCCCAGUCAGAAGCAGCACGGCGAGCUCUCCGGGAGCUGAGUGAGUGAGCAGUGAGCACUUCCCAGACAGGCAACUAGCCAGGGAGAGAGCCAGGCGUUCGUUCCGAGCUUUCCGACCCAAAGCUGCUGCGUUCUUGGGCAGUGGCACGAGCUGUCAGCUUUUUGUUUUGUUUUGUUUCUUCUUUCACUUCCAGUCCCAGAGAAAAAGCACAUCUUCUUUCUGCUCCCGCAGUCUCGCUUCUCUUCCACUCGUAGUUCUCGCGCGGCAAUCUCGAUCCUACUUACGCGCCGAAACGAGGGGAAAGAAAUGAAAUUUGGCAGCUGCCGUGAUUUUCUCCUACUACUUCCCAUCCAGGCCGCGUCCAGCCGAUAAUCCCCACUACCCCGCCUCCGCCGGGAAUCACGAUCCGCUCAACGGAUUCCCUUCCGUCUUCACAGCGGCCCAUCCAAAUUCCAUAAAUUGGGGGCGCCUCCUUUCCAAGAUUUCUGUGCGCUCCUGCAGUGGUGGUCAGCGGGGAGCCAUGGAGUGGGACAAGGCCAGCUCCGCCGCGGCCGCUGGCGCCGCUGCGCCGGCGGACGAGACGGGCGGAGCGGGGGAGGCGCUGGGGUACGUCAAGGUGAUGACGGACGAGCAGAUGGAAGUCCUCCGGAAGCAGAUCUCCAUCUACGCCACCAUCUGCGAGCAGCUCGUCGAGAUGCACCGCGCACUCACCGCGCACCAGGACUCCAUUGCAGGUAUGAGGCUUGGUAAUCUGUAUUGUGAUCCUCUAAUGGUUCAUGGAGGCCACAAGAUCACAGCGAGGCAGCGAUGGACACCAACCCAGAUGCAGCUGCAGAUCCUUGAGAGCAUUUUUGACCAAGGAAAUGGAACACCAAGCAAGCAAAAGAUCAAAGAUAUUACAGCGGAGCUCUCACAGCACGGCCAGAUCUCAGAGACUAAUGUCUACAACUGGUUCCAGAACAGACGUGCAAGGUCGAAGCGGAAGCAGGCAGCUUCUCUACCAAAUAACGGUGAAUCUGAAGCGGAGGCAGACGAGGAUUCCCCAACUGAGAAGAAGCCUAAAUCAGAUGAGCCACCUCAGCAGACCAUGGCUGCGAGGUCUCACAAUCCUGAAAGAUUCUCAGAGAUGCAUCAUCACUUCGACACAGGUCAUGAGCAUGGCACGAUGUAUGGAUCUACCAAUGACAAUAGCUCGAGGUCGUCAGGCAGUUUGGGCCAGAUGUCCUUCUACCAGACCAUCAUGUCGAACCCAAGUAUGUUCAACAAAUACCAUCUCUUCACUGUAUAGUACUACCUCCGUCCCAAAAUAUAAAAUGUUUUGGAAUGGACCAGCUCUUGGGGAAGGCGGAGACCUCCGGGAGCUUCUCCCAGCUCCGGCAGGGUGGAAGCUUUGACAUGUACGGAUGACAUGGCAAAUCUGAAUGACACGGCGUCCCUGUAAAAAAAAGUGAAAGUUUUCAACAUGCGCUUGUUUUGCUCACAUGAAGUGAGAAAUUUGCGUCGGUAGUAGCAUCUAUGUGUUGGUUAUCACGGUCUUGUUGACCUCCUCAGUUGAGUAAUUAGCUUGAGUGAAAUGUGUUUUCUCGUGGAAAUAGUUUUGAGAAGCUAAUAUAUAGUGUUUGUCCUUA